UGGAAUCGCUGGGAAUAGCAAAUGAUAAUCGAUUGACAAUUUGUGCACGGAUCUUUGUGCUCGGAAGAGUGUUGUUUAUAAUUACGUGGUACGUAAAUAAAAAUUUAUCCAGAUUGCGAAGUGGUUGAACGUGCGUAGGUGUGGCCCAAAGAUCGGGGAAGUGUAUCCAUCAAUGUACGCCUGACCAACCAAUCCACCAACCAACAAACGUAGCAGAAAAUCCGAUCCCAUCGUUCGACUGUUUGUGAAGGAGUUGGCUUGAUUCAGAGGCACCACAGUGAAUACUCUGGGCCGCAGUGCAUGCUGACGGUGACGACCACUCCAACGCAUCCGCCUCACACGGAAAACGCAGACGAAGCACACAUCAUGUCGAACAAACUGAACAAUCCGAAGCGUCGUGAGGUUACGGGUUCGUCAUCGUCGAACUCCUCCAUAUCGUCGGUCGGUGCUGGGGACAAUGGCAUAUCAGCCGACCUGGCCUCACUGUUCGAGUGUCCCGUGUGCUUCGAUUAUGUGCUGCCCCCGAUACUGCAGUGCCAGAGCGGCCAUCUCGUAUGCACCAGCUGCCGUUCGAAGCUGACGUGCUGUCCCACCUGUCGCGGUUCGCUCGGUAACAUUCGCAACCUGGCGAUGGAGAAAGUGGCCUCGAAUGUGAAAUUUCCCUGCAAACACUCCAACCACGGCUGUACCAUUUCGCUCGUGUACACCGAGAAGGCGGAACACGAGGAAGCGUGCGAGUUUCGACCGUAUCUGUGUCCCUGUCCCGGUGCAUCCUGCAAGUGGCAGGGUUCGCUUGACUACGUAAUGCCCCACCUGAUGAUGUCGCACAAGAGCAUCACCACACUGCAGGGAGAGGACAUCGUGUUUCUGGCCACCGAUAUCAACCUACCGGGCGCAGUCGAUUGGGUGAUGAUGCAGUCCUGCUUCGGUCACCACUUUAUGUUGGUGCUGGAGAAGCAAGAAAAGUACGAUGGCCACCAGCAGUUCUACGCCAUCGUACAGCUGAUCGGUUCGCGGAAAGAGGCUGAGAACUUUGCCUACCGGUUGGAGCUGAACGGCAAUCGGCGUCGCCUGACGUGGGAAGCUAUGCCACGGUCCAUCCACGAAGGAGUUGCCAGCGCGAUUCUCAACUCCGACUGUCUAGUGUUCGACACGUCGAUCGCUCAGCUGUUUGCCGACAAUGGUAAUCUGGGUAUCAAUGUUACUAUUUCCGUUGUUUAAACAAUAUACACCGUAAGCGACUGAGGGAAGGGGACCAGACUACGAUAGACAGCCCCGUGUCUAGACAAUUCUUACCUAAUUUUAUGGUAGUGUACGUUUGUAAUUUACUUUAAUUAGUUUCCUUCUUGUUUUGGGCUUUCUUUUCGUAUGCCGUUUCUGGGGGGAUCACUGUUCGUCACUAAGGGCGUAACGGCACGGUUUGCUUUUGCUAAUGUGAUGCGGGGUUUAUGUUUAAAAAGACCCCGCGACAGCGAACAAAGUAGAUCGUUAAAAUAUACCUGACGUUUACUGAACUAAAGGGAUCGCGUAUAUAAGCUCGAUCGAUCGUUGAUUAUCCAGCGGUGGUAAUGAUAAGGAAAGUCUCAGCUUUUAUUAAUGCUUUUAAUAAUUAAUUCAUCCACCUAACUUCAUAUAAUUAAAGAAGAAAGGCAUGGCUCAAACCGAGAUCUACUACGGUAUGAUAAAUUCGAAUUGUUUUGUAAGAUCAACUCUCGAUUAACAAACGAUUCGUUGAGCCUAGUGUCGUGGUAUGAUAAUAGCCGAUAACAAAUGCCUGUGUAUGUUUGUAUGUUACAAAAAACACCGAUUUGUAUGUACGACAAAAGGACGAAUGAAUGGAUGAAUGUGAUAUUAAUAAAUGGUAUGAAUUAUAGCGACUGUGACCGCGUGAAUGCUGUGUGUUUGCGUGCGUUUUACGUGUGGGAAUUUGCUGUUAAGGGAAUUCAGAUGAAUUACUAUCGAACAAACAAAAAAAAAAAAACGAUCAGAUAGUUUGUAAAUUAAACCACAAAACGUAAUGUAAUAUCGAAUGGGCAGGCGCACAAAAGGGGGUGUGGUGCGACCUUGCUGCGAGGCGGCAUCUUGCCACUCUUUGACACUCACCAAUUCACACUCCUUUAAAUUUAGCGUAUGUUAAACACGUUUCUACAUAUAAUAAAAUAAUAGCGAAAUAUGAGGUAGAUGAGGCUGUACGUGAGGAUCGAUCCGGGAGGAUCAGACCCAGCAGGCAAACUUUACAUGCGGAUGAAUGAAUGAAAGUAGCAGAGUUUUAAAACAGCUAACACUCAAAGAAAGUUUAGGUGCGGAUUACGGAGGGCUCGAGUGGAUUGGAUUGUUUGCAGGAUGGCCACAGGAGAUAGAAUUACGAACCGGUACAGCUACGAUGUAUCCACACAGUUGCCGCUAAAUGCAAGAGCUUUCGUACACCGAAGCGUACACGCGUGUUCAUAGUUCGAGAAUCGAUUUGCUGUUUAGCUUUAAACAUCUGCAUCAUCGAGUACCAGUUUUAAGGCAAUUAGGAUUGCUCAGGAUUCGCGAGCGAAAAGAAUGAAACGAAACUACAAACUGCCAGAAUAACCAGAAGAUGUAUGCGGGCGAUUCAUUUUGCGAUGGUAAACCUUUCAAUGAUCGAUAAGUUGUACAGUGGAGCAUUAGAUCUGAUCACCGUUUGUGGGGCACUCAGGUGUUAAGCGAACAUGUGGCAUGAUCAAUCUCUCAACGAGGAGGGUUUGUCUUAUUUCGGGUGAAAUUAAUUCGUGUUAUAAUGCUGUUUGUUUCGUAGUCUUACAAUUCCGGCACCAGACGAAAAAUUGCGAUCACGGAAUCAAAUUUCCCGUCGAAAAGCAGGAUACAGUGAGAGGACAGAUAAUUAACUAUAGACUACAUCCAGUUGGACGAACACACGUGUGCUGCAAAUAAAGUACUCUGAUUUCUAUUAAUCAAAUAA